CAUUUGCUCCACUCUUCUGCUACUUCCAUCCUCCCCUCCGCCUCUCCGUCCUCUUCUCAUCUUCGUCUUCGUUUCUUCUCUCAUUGCUCUGUCGGAUUAGGCCGAAAUUAGAAGGGGUGGGCCGACACCCUAACAGGCCCCUACGCAUGGGCUGGGUGGGCACUUUACCGAAUUCAAUUCGUUCCUGCAAAGGUCGGUACCAAAUUCUUUGAUUUUCUCAUCUCGAAACGUGCCAAACCCUUCUUGCUUUUUUCCUAUCGGAUAUUCGAAUCGAAUCCAAUUCUCUCCUUUCAUUGUCGCGUUUCCAAUUAAUGUGUGGCGUUGCAAUCAAAUAGAUUGUAUUUGAUAGAAUUCUCUGGCGCUGGCUGGAUCGAGACAAAUAUCAACGAUUUUUUUGAACAAUUUGGCCCAUUUUCUGGAAGAGAUUUCGUUUCCGGUUUAUUGCCAUUUUUUGGAGGGUUUUUUAUCCGAUUUAUUGCUAAAUGCCACACCGCGGCGGCGAGGAUUUUCUCCGGCGGCCGCGACCUCCAUUUGUACUGCGUCGGUGGUGGCCUUCUGUUGCGGUUGUUUGAUUUAACUGUAGUAGUUGUCGGAAGCAAUGGCGUCGUUCGGCGGCCGAGGAGGUGGUGGUUGGUGGCGGUGGCGGUGGCGCAACGGCGGCGGAGGAAUUGGUGGGAAGAGCGUUGCGAAGAAUGGGAAUGGAAUUCAAAAUAUUGAGACGUUUGUUCUGUCGUCAGCCUUUUCGUAUUUCCUAAUCUGCUUUGUCGUUUUGGGUGCAAUUGGGAGUUUGUACGGACGGUUCAUGCUCGGUGCUAACGUGCGCUCUGGAAGGUGCCGAGAAGACAACGAGGGCUCCUGGGCCAUUGGGGUCUUCUAUGGCGACUCUCCCUUGUCUCUCAAACCCAUCGAAGCUAUGAACAUAUGGAAUAACAAGACUGCAGCAUGGCCUGUAGCUAACCCAGUGAUCACUUGUGCCUCCAUUCCUGAUGAUACAUUUCCCAGUAAUUUUGUUGCUGAUCCUUCUCUCUAUCUGCAAGGUGAUAUACUUUACCUGUUUUUUGAAGUGAAAAAUGCAAUCUCUAUGCAAGGAGACAUUGCCGUUGCUCAAAGCAUGGACAAUGGAGUAACGUGGAAGCACUUGGGUAUCGCUCUUGAUGAAGAUUGGCACCUUUCCUAUCCGUAUGUCUUUGAAUACAACGGAAAUAUAUACAUGAUACCCGAAAGCAGCGGGAAAGGGGAUGUUCGUCUUUACCGUGCAGCCGACUUUCCUUUAAAAUGGAUGCUCGACAGGAUUAUCUUGAAAAAGCCUCUCGUCGAUUCCGUCAUAAUUUCUCACGGCGCAAAGUUCUGGCUUUUCGGUUCUUAUCACAGCGGAAUGGGCACCAAGGUAAACGGGAAGCUCGGGAUUUGGCACAGCGAUUCGCCUCUCGGCCCAUGGACGCCUCACACAAAGAAUCCUAUAUACAACACAGGCAAGAAACCGGGAGCUCGGAACGGAGGCAGACCAUUUGUCUACAACGGAAGCCUACACCGUAUCAGCCAAGAUUCCGGCGAGACAUACGGGCGCAGAAUCCGCAUCUCCAGAAUCGAAACUCUGACUACCGACGAUUUCAAAGAAGUCAACGUUCCCUUCAGCAUCGAACAGCCUAUGAAGGGCUGGAAUUCUUGGAACGGCGCGCGAUACCAUCACUUAGACGUACAGCAGCUCAGCUCCGGAAAAUGGAUCGCAGCUCUCGACGGGGACCGAGUACUUUCAGGAGACGUAAUGCAUCGGUUCAUGCUUGGGUCUGCUUCCGUCACAGCUGUUGCCGCCGUCAUCGUACUUGUCGGAAUACUCGUCGGGACGGUGAAAUGUAUAGUACCGUUGACGUGGUGCCCGCAUAACACGGGGAAGAGGAACGAUGCCGUCUUGGCUUCCGAGAAGCGCAACUUAUCAUCGACGCUACGAUUUUGCUGUAGCCAGAUGAACCGGGCGUGUUCGACUCUCCAUUCGAAGUUACGCCCGAACACGUGCGUCGGAACGCUCGUCCUUGUUCCGGCGAUUGUCGUGGCCAUGAUCCUCACUUGUGCCGGAGUUCAUUUUAUAUACGGAGGGAGUGGCGCGCAGGACGGAUACCCGUUCGACGGCCACUACUCCCAGUUCACGAUGCUUGCGAUGACGUACGACGCCCGUCUCUGGAACUUGAACAUGUACGUAAAGCAUUACUCGAGAUGCUCGUCCGUGCGCGAGAUUGUUGUCGUUUGGAACAAAGGCGUCCCUCCGAAACCGAGCGAUUUUGAUUCCGCAGUCCCUGUAAGGAUACGCGUCGAAGACCGAAAUUCGCUGAACAACCGAUUCCGCGCCGACCCGCUGAUAAAAACCCGGGCAGUCCUCGAGCUCGAUGACGACAUCAUGAUGGCGUGCGACGACGUGGAGCGCGGGUUCCGGAUUUGGCGUGAGUGGCCCGACCGGAUCGUCGGGUUCUACCCUCGACUCGUCGACGGCAACCCUCUCGAGUACCGAGCGGAGAAGCAUGCGCGGAAGCACAACGGGUACAACAUGAUUUUGACGGGGGCGGCGUUCAUGGACGCCCGGGUCGCGUUCGAGCGAUAUUGGAGCGAGCGAGCGGCGGCGGGGCGAGCGGUGGUCGACGAGUACUUCAACUGCGAGGACGUUUUGUUGAACUACUUGUAUGCGAAUUCGAGCUCGUCGGGUGGUCCUCCGGUGGAGUACGUGAGGCCGGCGAUGGUGAUCGAUAUGUCCAAGUUUUCUGGUGUGGCGAUUAGUAAGAACACCCAGGUGCAUUACGGCAUACGGAGCAAAUGUUUGAUGAAAUUUGCGGAGCUUUACGGCGGCAUAGCUCACCGGAAGUUGGAAUUCGGAAGAAGGAAGGAUGGGUGGGAUGGAUAGAUAAUACUACUUGCUACAACUACUACUUAACAGAAUCAAUGCAGCUGCCUUUUCUUUUUAUUUAUUAUUUUAUUUAUUAAAUAUUAUUAUUUUUAUUAAUUGGUAGUAUUCUUGGAUGGCUGCAGUCGGAGAGCUUUGUUAGGUGGCGCGGCAUUUUUUUCCCUUGCAGCAUUGGCUUACUACUUGUUAAAUCUAUUUUGUAUUUCAAUUUUUACUCUCCGUAAUUUAUAAUUACAUAUAAUACUUA